UUACCGUGACGUGUGACUCUCGACUUGUUUUUUGAAAACGUCCGCAAAACGCACAGCAUUUUAUUAAUUUUAUCAAUAUAUCAAUUCGAUAAGCUAAUUUAUCGUGACCGCAUGUCCACGUAGCUUAAAGGUGCAAAAAUGCUUCGUCUGUUAAUAUUAGCUGGGUUACUUCAAUGUACUAUUUCGCAACAGUACCAACAAAAAGUUGCGCCAGGUGUGCCUCCUCAGAACUAUCAGAAUUACCAGCCACCACCCCCACCUCAGCAGCCUCCACAACAACAAUACCAACAACAGCCCCCCCAACAACAAUAUCAACAGCCCCCUCAACAACAAUAUCAACAGCCCCCCCAACAACAAUAUCAACAGCAGGUGCCCGUACAACAGAUGCCAGUGCAGAACUCUCACGGACAUGGCCAUGGUGAUCCGCAAUUGUUAAAUGCCGCUAACAUUGCUCAAGAAAGGGAUCACAUCCAGGAGCACAUGGAAGUGCCUAUCGAUACGUCAAAGAUGUCAGAGCAGGAGUUACAGUUCCACUACUUCAAGAUGCACGACGCCGAUAACAACAAUAAGCUCGAUGGAUGCGAGCUUAUAAAGAGCUUAAUACAUUGGCACGAACAAGGCCAUAAUCAGCAACAACAACAACAACAACAGCAGGGUCAGCCCCCAGUGGGAGAGAAAAUAUUCAAAGACGACGAAUUAAUUAACUUAAUAGAUCCUAUAUUAAAUAUGGAUGAUCAUAAUCGCGACGGCUUUAUAGACUAUCCCGAAUUUAUUAGGGCACAGCAGAAGAACCAGAAUAAGGAAGGGAACUAGUGUUUUUUAGUAUGAUAUUUUUUUAUGUGGCAAUUUUGGUAUGACUCCAUCACUCACUAAAAUUUAAAUGAAGUUGAAAUUCUCGAUUGUAUCAAUCAAUAAUUAUACUUUGUGACUUCUUCAGUAUUGAAAUCUAUUAAAUAAUCUAAUAAUAAUUUGCCAGUUUCAUAUAA